AGUUCGCGGCAAUGCAUGUCGGGAAGUGUAGUUUUAUUCCCCUUCAGUCUCCUAAGCUAUAAACUACUAAAGCUCUCAGCCGGCUGAUAAAGAAGCAGAUCGGUAUUGGUGGCAGGUAGGCAUCUCAGUGCAGCUAGUGGGGGAGCUGCUGUUGCGAUCCAGCGCUUGGCCAGCGACAAAGUCGUGGUGUCGCCGGGCUGCUGCUGGGCACCGAGGCUUGUGCGGUAGUUUCCUCAUUCUGCCUGUCUGACAUGAGCCAGUGAUUCCUGUAUGUGGUCCUUCUGCUGCAGCCGAACUACUACAAGCCCUUCCUUGCAUGAUCAUUUCACUCUGGAUUCUUUGUUGUUGUUGAUAUUUCUCAGCAACUGUAUAUUGGAUACUGCUUGUUGGGUCUGUGCGCAGAAGGAUUAGUGAGACACAGGAGGUUGCUAGUCGCCAAGAUGGAGGUCUUGAGCACAUCUUUUUGGGAAACGCAUUACUGAAAGAAACCACGCAACACAAUGUUCCUUUCUUGUCUGAAAGCAUCUUUCAUCUGCUGCAGUUUGUCUACCCAAGUGUUAGAUUUUCUCUGUGUAUAGCAUGUGCUGUGAACUAUGCAGAUGACACACGAAUAGCAUUUGGAAAGCGACCAGACUUCAUUUAAACUUGUGACCCAACUGGUGUUCAGGUUUGCGUGCUGAGGAUGCAGAAGCAUAAUGAGACAUGUACUCCAGACCCAUCUCUCACCUACUUGACCUGCCUCAUGCAUCUUUUUGUGGAGUGGCUGGAACUGGAUAAUCUGGAAGACUACCUGAACUAUAUAGAUUACCUCCUAUGGGUCUUCACUCCACUCAUCAUAGUGUUCAUUCUACCCGUGUUCAUUGUCCUAUUUCUCUACUUAUCCAUCCUCUUCCUCCAUGUGUAUAAGCACAAGAACGAGCUGAAAGAGGCUUACUCAAAUAGUAUAUGGGAUGGUGCACGGAAAACCCUGGCAACACUGUGGGAUGGGCAUGCUACAAUAUGGCAUGGCUAUGAAUUGUACGGCUUGGAACAUAUUCCUGAUGAAGGACCUGCCCUUAUCGUUUACUAUCACGGAGCGCUCCCUGUAGAUUAUUAUUACUUUGUAUCAAAGGUCAUUCUCCGCAAAGGGAGAACAUGCCAUUCAGUAGGGGACCACUUCCUUUUCAAAAUACCAGGCUUCAAACCAUUGCUUGAUCUAUUUGGAGUAAUCCACGGACCAAAGGAAGAAUGUGUGAAGGCUCUCACUAGUGGGCACUUAUUGGCCGUAUCACCAGGUGGGGUGCGGGAAGCACUUUUUAGUGACGAAAGCUACACUCUUAUUUGGGGAAAACGGACUGGAUUUGCUCAGGUUGCCAUUGAUGCAAAAGUGCCCAUCAUCCCAAUGUUUACCCAAAACGUACGGGAAGGGUUUCGCUCGCUUGGAGGUUUACGGCUAUUCAGGUGGAUUUAUGAAAGAUUUAAGAUUCCAUUAGUUCCAAUAUAUGGAGGAUUUCCAGUUAAAUUUCGUACAUACCUUGGGGACCCUAUACCGUAUGACCCAAAUAUAACUGCUGUUGAAUUAGCAGAAAAGACUAAACGUGCAAUACAUUCAUUAAUAGACAAGCACCAGAAAGUUCCUGGAAACAUUUUUCGGGCCUUACUGGAAAGAUUUGAUAGACAACAGAAAGAAGACUAAAGUGCCUUUAGUCUAUAUAUAGUUAUAUAUAUAUUUAUUGGGUCUACCUUGCAUUUUGAUUUUAUCAUGGGUUUUAUGGCUUUUUACUGUCAAAAUGGACCUGGAUCUUUUGAAUCAGACAGCCUUUUUGCUGUAGGUAUACCUGAUAAAUUAAUAUUAAUUUCCAUUUAAGAAAUCAUGUUUCUGUAUAUGGCUGAUUUUCAGAACUACUGUACAUUAUGUAUAUAUGUACUGUGAUUCCUUGGCAGUUCAGGUUCUACCAGAGCAGCAUCUGAAGGCUACUCUAGAUAAGUUGCAAGGGAGAAUCUCCAACAUACUAGCAGGGUUCAUUUACUAUCUCUAGGACAAUUCGUCUCAGUGUAGUAACCCAUUCAAAACCAAUCAGAGAUUUGCUUUACGGCAUACAGCUAAUUGCUGAUUGGUUGCUAUGAUUUUCUGCAAUGGGGCAAAUUAGUCCAGUGUUGAGAAAUGAGCCCACUUGUGUUAAAGGACAAGGGAAAGCCAAAUCACUGGUGCCAGGUUGUUAGAAACCCCUCAGUGAUUCUAGUCGUUUCUUGGAUUUUGGAUUCGGUCAAAUCCAGCUAAAAAAAGAAAAAACCUUUGAUUUG